AUGGUCGCUCGCAAUCGCAGUCAGCGCAAGCUGAACACUUUCACCACGCUGUUCUUUGCUGCAACAGCUAUGUCAUCGGCAAUUCGCACACCAUCGUUUGGCAAAUCAACAUAUCCUCGUAUGACAUCACGGUCUACCGAGAUGGACUCUGCACCAUAUCGAGACUCAAGCCUUUCAGUUGAUGAACGAGUCGACGAUCUUGUCAAACGGAUGACUAUUGAGGAGAAAGCAGGCCAGCUUUUCCACAACAUCAUCAACCAAGGUCCGAACGGAACCCUCCUCAACACCACGACGGAGGCUGUAGCGGGCAAGCUCAUGACCCACUUCAACCUCCACGGGCCGAUUGCGGAUGUACGCGCCACUGUGCAAUGGUACAACAACCUGCAGCAAUUGGCGCUAGACACAAGACUAGGCAUUCCAGUCACAAUCUCCUCAGAUCCGCGUCAUGCAUUCACCAGCGCCGAAGGCAGUCAGAUUGCAGCAACCAAGUUCUCACAAUGGCCCCAGACGCUUGGUCUAGCCGCAAUCAGAGAUGCUGAGCUUAUCCGCACUUUUGCUGAUAUUGCUCGACAAGAGUACAAUGCUGUUGGCAUCCGGUCUGCCCUACACCCUCAAAUCGAUGUCGCCACUGAGCCCCGCUGGGCCCGUAUUGGUGGCACUAUGGGCGAGAAUGCCACUCUGACUGCUGAACUGACUGUUGCAUACAUUGAGGGAUUCACUGGUCCUGACGGUUUUGGAUACGACUCGGUCACGACAGUCUCGAAGCAUUUCCCAGGCAGUGGUCCAGUUGAGGGUGGCGAGGACAGUCACUUCACCUAUGGCAAGAAUGCCACAUACCCCGGCAAAAACUUUGAACACCAUCUUAUCCCAUUCAAGGCCGCUAUUGCUGCGGGAACACGACAGAUGAUGCCUUACUAUUCUCGCCCAAUGGGAACCAAGUACGAGGAGGUCGCUGCUGGUAUGAACAAGGGAAUCGUCACUGAUCUUCUGCGCGGCGAGCUCGGCUUCGACGGCAUCGUGGUCAGCGACUGGGGUCUCGUCACUGACUCGAUAAUCGCGGGCCAAGACAUGCCCGCCCGAGCCUGGGGAGCUGAGAACCUCACCGAGCUCCAACGCACUGAGAAGAUCCUCAAUGCAGGAACCGAUCAACUGGGCGGCGAGGACCGCACCGACCUCAUCCUCGAGCUCGUAGAGAAGGGCAUCAUCAGCGAAUCCCGCAUCGACGCCUCCAUCCGCCGUCUCCUCCGCGAAAAGUUCCUCCUCGGCCUCUUCGACGAAAAACGCUUCCUCGAUGCCGACGCCGCCGUCGACGUCGUCGGCAAAGAGGAAUGGCGCGCCAUCGGCUUCGAAGCCCAAAAGCGCUCCUUCACCCUCCUCACAAACAAAGACUCCUUCCUCCCCCUCUCCCCCUCCGAAUGCGAAAAGGCCAAGUUCUACGUCGAGGGCAUCAACAGCACGUUCUUUACCUCGCGCAACUUUGAAGUCGUAGCUACGCCCGAAGAGGCAGACUAUGCAUUCCUGCGCCUCGUAGCGCCGUACGAGCCGCGUCCCGGCGGUUUCGAGGCCAACUACCACUCCGGCUCGCUUGAAUACAACGCUACGGAAAAAGCCCGCCAGGCAGCUAUUUACGCUGCCGUGCCUACCGUCGUCGACGUCUUCCUCGACCGUCCCGGUGCGUUCCCCGAGAUCGCUGAGCAAGCGUCAGCCCUCAUGGUCAACUAUGGCGCUAGCGAAGAUGCAUUCCUGGAUGUUGUGUUUGGUGUUGAUGGCAGUGGCCCGGAGGGUCAGCUGCCGUUUGAUCUGCCUAGGAGCGACGAGGCGGCUAGUGCGCAGAAGGAGGAUGUGCCGUUUGAUACUUUGGACCCAUACUUUAGGUUCGGAUAUGGGUUGAGGUAUGAGUAA